AUGGGGGCGAUAUUAUCCAAGAUUAUUGAAACUUACCACGCCUUAGCUGCGUUCUGGUCAGAGAUUUCGCAGAAUGCCGCCGAGAGCAGUGCCCUCCUACGACGCAUUGCAACCCCUGAAUUUCCAGUUCCAGAUCCAACCGUUUCUUUCUGGCAGACUAAUCCGAAACACCAAGAACUAGUUCACGCAAAAUCGGAACAGCUUCCCCAAUCAGCAGAUAUUGUGAUUAUUGGCUCAGGUAUCUCAGGGGCAAGUGUAGCCUAUACGAUUCUUACGGAAUGCCAAGCGUUGGGUAUAGAGAAAAGGGUUGUGAUUCUGGAGGCACGCCAGGUGUGCAGCGGUGCAACAGGAAGAAAUGGCGGUCAUUUGAAAUGUUCUCCCUAUUUGACGUAUUCCGAGUUGAAGGUACUGCUGGGCAAAGAAAAAGCAAAAAGAGUGCUCUAUUUCCAACUUAGACACCUUCCUACAAUCUUAGAGUUGGUCAAAGAUGAAGGUCUCGAUGAAGCAGAGGCCAGGGAAGUGGAAACUGUGGAUCUGUUCACCGAACAGACAACGUGGGAUAAAGCGCAGGAAAUGGUUCAAGAACUGCGACGAGAUGCUCCGGAAUACGCCGAGGACACUAUGGUUUGGGACGCUAAACAAGCACAGGAGUCUCAAUACCAUUCGUCCUUCUCCAUUGAGACGGGAGCCACCGUCAGGGAAAUACACGUGGAGGAUAACGACACUACACCUUACCUUUUGCACACGUCCCGUGGUAAGAUACGCGCCACUCACGUUGUCCAUGCAACCGAUGCAUAUGCGCCGAACUUGGUCCCUGGGCUGAAAGGUAAAAUAUUCCCUGUUCGUGGCCAUAUGUCUGCCCAAGCAGCCGACGGCCCAUCCUCCCAUCUAGACGGCUCUCGCUCGUGGAGUAUUAUUGGCAAGAAAGGGUUUGAGUAUAUCACACAGCGGCCCCGGGAAUCCGCAGGCCCUCACAGUUCUGGUGGGGAAAUCAUGCUGGGUGGCGGUGUAUAUAAAUCAGAUGGCAAAGGGAUGGACGAGAUUGGUAUUUGGAAGGAUGACUGUGUCGACCCUACUAUCAGUGCUUACUUGGGUGGAAUUUGGUCAACCGUUCUCCAGGGCGAACAUACCCGCGUACUACAACUAUGGUCAGGAUGUAUGGGGUUUACGCCCGAUCUCGUUCCCUUCGUCGGGAAAGUCAGUCCAACGUUCACGAAGCGGCGAAGGCCCUACAAUAAACGCAAAGGAGCGGCCUCCGAGUCCGGAAGUACGGCAAAUGAGUGGAUCACAGCCGGCUUUAAUGGCGAUGGAAUGGUGCUAGCGUGGCUUUCGGGGACGGCCGUUGGACUCAUGGUUUUAGGGCGUGAGGAUGUCCACCUGGAGGCUCGAGCCGGCCGACCAGCAGGCAAAGUCACGGAAUGGCUCCCGAAAGAACUGUAUCUUUCCGAAUCCAGAGUCCGUGACUUGAGCAUCUUCAAACUUGCGCGAUUUUUGUAA